UGCUGAACCACGCCCCCCUUGCCACACACUCGCUCUUCUCCGAUUGCUCCACACCAAUCUUUUGACCUGAGGGAGGGAUUCUAAUAGACCAAUCACAGCGCUUGCAGUCUGUGUAGAGUUGAUGCGUUACAUUAUAGCACAGAGAUGUUGCACAUCAGGCUACAUGUGGUACUCACAGCCUAUGCCAUGCCUACAGCGUACACGUGACGCAGAAAUAUAAAUCGGCCUUAAGUCUUCAGGAAUGCUUGAAAAUUACAGGCAGGUGUAUUUGAUUAGGGAUGAAAGACAGUGGUCCUCCAGUACCAAACCUGCCCAUCCCUGAUCCAUAGGAUUGGAUAGGAUAGGAUAGGGUAUAGAACAUACAUGUUGUUGGUUUUGAUGCCAUUAUGUCUAUUUUUGUCCUAGACCUGAUGUCACUGAAAGAAGCGAAUCAUGAACUUAAUGAAAGGGAAGAAGAGAAAGAAUAUUACGAUGAACAUCAUGAUCUCAUGAAUGGGGAAAGAUCGACACAGGUUUCCCCACAAAAAGGAGUUCAAAAGCCAGGAACUAAGAGUGUCACACACAAAAAACACCUUAAAGCCCACAUGAGAAUUCACACUGGAGGGAAACCUUUCACCUGCCAACAAUGUGGGAAGAGUUUCAGUCAUAAAGGAAGCCUUACAGCCCACAUGAGAAUUCACACUGGAGAAAAGCCUUACACCUGUCAAGAGUGUGGAAAGAGUUUCAGUAAUAAAGGAAACCUUGAAAUUCACAUGAGAAUUCACACUGGAGAAAAGCCUUACACCUGUCAAGAGUGUGGAAAGAGUUUCAGUGAGAAAGGAAACCUUACAGUCCACAUGAGAAUUCACACUGGAGAAAAGCCUUACACCUGCCAACAGUGUGGAAAGAGUUUCAGUCGAAAAGGAAACCUUAUAGACCACAUGAGAACUCACACUGGAGAAAAGCCUUACACCUGCACUCUGUGCGGGAAUGGCUUCACACGGGAAGGAAGCCUUAGGGAACACAGGAGAAUUCACAUUAAAGAGAAGCCAUUUACAUGUGAUCAGUGUGGAAAGAGUUUCAUAUAUAAAGGAAACCUUAAGGUCCACAUGAGGAUUCACUUGAAAGAGAACUGAACUUUUUGAAGUCGUUGCUGUGGAAAGAGCAGAUGUGUAAAGAGUACCUGAAAACAAUUCUUGAAUAAAAGUACAGAUACCUUAUAAUGAAAAUUACUCCAUUACAAGUUACCAUUUCUAAGACAACUUAAGUAAAAGUCUUGGAGUAUCUGAUAUUAACUGUACUUAAGUAUUUUACUCAUGCUGAAUUUAGGCUCAAAGAUGCACUAGUCCAGAAAUGCCAGUGAAAAUAAGAAAAAAAAAAUUUGAUUAA